AUGCCCAAGAUGAGCAAGGUGCAGCGGCAGCCCCCGCCCUCCGCCCCCGCCGGCGCGCGCCUGCGCGGCAGCCUCGCCGUCAGCGCGAUGUUCGGCUUCAACUGGCCCUGGGCUGGCAGCAAGGACGGCGAGAAGAAGGAGGGGAAGUUUGACUCGAUUUUGAAGGCCGCGCGCACCGCGCGCCGCGGAUGCCCCUUGGCGCCGAAGGAGGCGCCCCCGGGCCUCAAGCUGGCGACGUUUGCCGGCGGCUGCUUCUGGGGGCUGGAGCUGGCUUACCAGCGGGUGCCGGGCGUUGUGAGCACAUCUGUCGGGUACACAGGCGGCCGCGACGAUGCCCCGACGUACGAAUCCGUGUGCAUGGGGUUCACGGGCCACACUGAGGCGGUGCAGGUCACAUACGACCCAAAAGAGGUGACCUACCGGAAGCUGCUCGACACCUUCUUCGAGCGCGUCGACCCCACCACGCGCGACCGCCAGGGCUCCGACCGGGGUUCUCAGUACCGCAGUGCCAUCUUCGCGCAUGACGAGGAGCAGCGCCAGGAAGCCGAGGCGAAGCUGCGGGAGGUGCGGGCCGCGCUGGAGGCGCGCGCCCCCGAGACGCGGCGCUGGCUGGGGCGCGGCGUGGUGACGCCCGUGGAGGGCGCGGGUGACUACUACGUGGCCGAGAGCUACCACCAGCAGUACCUGGCGAAGGGGGGCCGCUUUGGGCAGGCGCAGAGCGCCGAGAAGGGCAACACCGACACUAUCAGGUGCUACGGGUGA